AUGGCAGUCUUGGUUUUCAUUUCAGAAAUAGUUUUGGCUGUUAUCCUGACUCUACUGGGAUUUGCCAUUCUCGCUAUUUUGUUAACAAGAUGGACACGGCGCAAGCAAAAUGAAAUUGAUAUCUCAAGAUACAGUUCUGAACAAAGUGCUGGUCUGUUGGACUAUGAGGAUGACAGAGAUUUUUCUUCUCCAAGAGCUAAAAGAGGAAGAGGAUUCCGGAAUUUAUACUCAACAGAAAGUGACAUUUCAUAUGAUGAUCGAGAGGGAUACAACAGAAAUUACAUGCCAUCAACCAGCUCCCUCGUUUUACCGCAAGAAUCUGUGAGUGAUACAAAUGACUUAAAAGCAACUCCAGAACUUUUAUCUGGCACUGUAGGACCCAUAACUGGAACUAUUGGCCCAAUAAUGCAAUUCACAGCACCUAUUCCUGGAGCUACGGGACCUAUCAAGCUCUCUCAAAAGACCAUCGUGCAAACUCCAGGACCUAUUGUACAAUAUACUGGACCCAGUGCUGAAACUUCAGAAACAACCUCGGAAUCAACUCCUCAUGCAGUCAAUGGACCAGCUCCACAGGCCCUCACUUGUCCACCUUCAAUGCUCAGGGGUCUGCCCCUGGCACCCAUAAUGAUUUCACAGAGAACUUCAACAAGACCUGAAAAAUCUAAAGUAAGGCAAGAACCACCAACACAUGUAGCAGUACCUAUCAUUACUCCAGUACCUAUUGUAAUUGGUCCAGUGGCAGCUGUGGACAGUUCUGGAAAAGUCACACUAUCUCCUAUGGUUAUAUUUCCAGGUUACAUGGAUGGAGAACUUAUAAAAAAAUCAGAUUCCAAAGCCCAGAUUCUAAAAAGUGGAAGCACUACAAAGUUUCAGAGUAACCAAGAAGAAAACAAGGAAGAACUACAGAAAAAAAUCUCAUUUAUAGAUUCUGAUGAAGUCGUGAUAGCAGAGCACAAAAGAGAAUUAAGCAAUUUCCAAGAUGUUGAGUUGCAGAAAGGUAAGAUAGAAAUGGAAGUCAAAGUAAAAGACAGUAAUGCUGAGAUAAUGAAAAGACGAGAAUCCCAAGAAAAAGUGAGAGACAUGAAAAUGCCAAGAGAAGCAGCAGCCCAGGUAGAGGAGAGUGAGGCUGAAGUACCGCAAGGACAGGAAGCCCAAGUAGAGAAGAAUGAGGCUGAAACAGCACAAGGGCAGGAAGCCCGAGGAAAGAAAAGUGAAGUCAAAAUACUACAAGGACAGGAAGCCCAAAUAAAGAAAAGUGAAGCCAAGAUAACAAAAGAACAGGAUGUACAAGUGGAAAAGAGUGAGGCCAAAGUACCACAAGGACAGGACACCCAAGCAGAGGAAAGUGAAUCCAAGAUACCAAAAGAACAGGAUGCCCAAGUAGAAAGGAGUGAGGCCAAGGUACCACAAGGACAGGACACCCAAGCAGAGAAAAGUGAAGCCAAAAUACCAAAAGGACAGGAUGUCCAAGUGGAAAAGAGUGAGACCAAAGUAUCACAAGGACAGGAAGUCCAAGUAGAGAAAAGUGAAUCCAAAAUACCAAAAGGACAGGACACCCAAGUAGAAAAGAGUGAGGCCAAAGUACCACAAGGACAGGAAGCCCAAGUAGAGAAAAGUAAAGCUGAAAUACCACAAGGACAGGAGACCCAAACAGAGGAAAGUGAAGCCAAGAUACCAAAAGGACAGGGGCCCAAAGUAAAGAAGAGUGAGACCAGAAUACCAAUAGGGCAGGGGUCCCAAGUAAAGAAGAGUGAGACCAGAAUACUAAAAGGACAGGGGUCCCAAGUGAAGAAAAGUGAAACUAGAAUACCAAUAGGUCAGGGGUCCCAAGUAAAGAAGAGUGAGACUAGAAUACCAGUAGGACAGGGGUCCCAAGUUAAAAUACCAAUAGGACAGGGGUCCCAAGUAAAGACGAAUGAGACCAGAAUACCAAUAGGGCAGGGGUCCCAAGUAAAGAAGAGUGAGACCAGAAUACUAAAAGGACAGGGGUCCCAAGUGAAGAAGAGCGAGACUAGAAUACCAAUAGGUCAGGGGUCCCAAGUGAAGAAGACUGAGACCAGAAUAUCAAACGGACAAACGGCCCAAGAAAAGGAGAGUUCAGAAGACAAAGAAAAGCAGGACAAUGAAAAGAGAGAUACAGGGAAAGAUAAAGAAGAAAAUGAUGCCAAAAACAAGAAUGUUCAUGGAGAAAAGAACAAAGUUCAAGGAAAGAAUUACUUGACAAUCAAGGAUAAAAAAGUGGAAACUUCACAAAGGCGCAAAACCAAGUAA